UGUGUGUAGCUUUAGCCUGCUAACGUGCUAACGUGCUAACCGCUAGCAGUGACGCAGGAACCGGCGGCUGUCAGGCUCCUAACCCGCCGAGUGUGUGGAAGCCGCCCGGGAGGAGGGGGGGGGGCCACAAGCGGACAAGAGGACAAGUGAGGACACGGAUCCUGUCUCCGUCAUGUGGCCGCUCACCGGAAGUCACCGGAGACUUUGAAGCUGCUGCUAACUUCAUGUGACGUAGGAAGUUUUAGCUAGCUCGCUUAUUCCUUUCUUUAUAUCCUCCUUUCAUGCAUCUUUCAUUCAUUCAUUCAUUCAUUCACCCAACGUCGGUCUCUCAGCCAAUAAACCCGCGUAGACUCCAGAAGCGGAAAUGACUCGGUCGUGUGUGUCGCUGCUGUCCUCCUCCUCCACGUUAUUAUCAUUAUUAUUAUUAAUAUUAAUAAUAAGUGUGUGUGAAGUGAACGGCAGCUCCAAGUUAAACAUCCCCAAAGUGCUGCUGCCGCUCACCAGGAGCACCAGGAUCAACUUCACCCUGGAAACCACUGAAGGCUGCUACAGAUGGUCGUCCACAAGACCAGAGGUGGCAAGUAUCCAGGCUGUGGAUGAGGUGAGUGGCAGCGGCUGCUCCAGGAGAGCGGUUCUCCAGGCUCUGUCCACGCAGCCCUCCAGACUGACCAGCAUCAUUCUGGCUGAAGAUGUCGUUACAGGACAAUUACUGCGCUGUGAUGCUAUCGUCGACAUCAUCAGUGAGAUACAAAUAGUAUCGACCACCCGCGAACUCCAUCUCGAGGACUCACCACUGGCUCUCAAAAUACAAGCACUGGACUCUGAAGGAAACACCUUCAGCACUCUCGCAGGUCUAGUGUUUGACUGGACCUUAGUGAAAGAUGUAGAUGUGAAUGGAUUUUCUGACUCUUACAAUUCAUUACGGGUACUUAAAUUCUCUGAGUCCACGUACAAGCCCCCUGGUUACAUAUCUGAAAUGGAGCGCGUUGGGAAACAGGGCGAUAUUAUUUUGGUGUCAGGAAUGAAAACAGGACAUGCUAAGUUGAAAGCCAAAAUACAAGAGCCAUUAUACAAGGAUGUGGGUGCUGCUGAGGUGCGACUGCUGAUUUUAGAGAACAUCCUGCUGAGCCCUGCACAUGAUGUCUACUUGUUGGCGGGAACUUCCAUCCGAUACAAAGUCUUGAAGAUAAGACAGGGCUCCAUCGCAGAGCUCUCUAUGCCUUGUGAUCAGUAUGAGCUGCACCUGCAGAACAGUGUGGUCGGCCCUAAUGGAAACCCAGAUGUUGCUGUGUCCAGUCUGGAACGGAGCACCUCCACAGUCACAGCCAUUCAGCUGGGACACAUCAACGUGGUGCUGGAUCAUAAGAGUCUUCGGAUGCAAGGAGUGUCCCGCCUACCCAACAGCACUCUGUUUGUAGUAGAACCAGGCUACCUAGGUUUUAAAAUUCAUCCUGGAGACAGCUGGGUUCUAGAAACAGGCCGAAUAUAUGAUAUCUCCAUCGAAGUGUUUGAUAAGUCUGGCAACAAAAUUUACCUCUCUGAUAAUGUCCGUAUUGUCAGUGGCUUUCCUUCGGAGUACUUUGAACUUCUGGAUUCGUCUCUGAAUGGAUCAUACCAUCAUGUCCGAGCGCUCAAAGAAGGCCUCACUCUCAUUGAUGCAACCCUAAAAUCUGUUGUGGAUGAAAGUGGAAGUGUCCACGCUCUCGCCAACCCGGUCCACAACGAACAGGAUGUGGAGAUCUAUGACCCAAUAAUUCUGAGUCCCAGUAUUCUCACAUUUCCAUGGCAGCCCAAGGUUGGAGCAUACCAGUACAUAGUCAAGGCGACCGGAGGGAGUGGAAACUUUAGCUGGUCUUCCUCUAAUAAAGCUGUCGCCACAGUGACCGUGAAAGGAGUGAUGACAACAGUCAGUGACAUUGGUGUGAGUGUAGUUUACGCUCAUGAUCUACGUAACCCACUACACUUUGGCCAAAUGAAGAUAUUUGUUGUUGACCCUUUGGCCAUGGACUUCGCUCCCUGCCGAGUCGAGGCCACAGUGGGUGUGGUUUUGGAUCUGCCUCUCAGAAUUUUCGGGCUGCUGGAGGAGGCCGAGACAGAGCGGGUUAUGUUGAGCGACUGCUCCCACUUUGACCUGCAGGUUGAGGAGGAGAGCCAGGGAGUCUUUGAGCUGAUGGAGGGGAGGUUGACCCCAGGCGAGGGCCACUGCAGUGGGGUGAGAGCCAAGGCCCUGGCUCCUGGGUAUACCAUGCUUACUGUCAGCUACACCCAUGGCAACGUUCACCUCAGUGCCAAGAUCACCAUUGCUGCCUAUCUUCCUCUCAAAGCUAUUGACCCUGUAUCUGUUGCUGUGGUGACUCUGGGAUCAUCUAAAGACAUGUUGUUCGAGGGCGGGCCACGCCCUUGGGUUUUAGAGCCCUCAAAGUUCUUCUGCAACUUGGCUGCUGAGGAUGAGGCCAGAGUGACCCUGACUCUGACCAGUCCUUCAUCUCACAACUAUAACCAGCACUGGGUCAGAGCAACAUGCAGGGUCCUUGGAGAGCAGGUGCUGGAGGUGAUGGUCGGGAACAAGGCCAGUGUAACCAAUCCUUAUCCUGCUGUGGAGCCGGCAAAGGUCAAGUUUGUAUGUGCUCCUCCGUCUCGCCUCACCUUGGUCCCGGUGUAUACCAGCCCCCAGCUGGACCUGACCUGCCCGCUGCUGCAGCAGAACAAACAAGUGGUCCCUGUGUCAAAUUACCGUAACCCUAUUUUGGACUUGGCUGCUUUUGAUCAACAAGGAAGGAAGUUCGACAACUUCAGCUCUCUGAGCGUGUUGUGGGAAUCGUCUAAAGUGUCGCUGGCCAGUAUUGAACCCACAAUGCCUAUGGAGCUUCAGCUGUUCAAGGAUGGCAACACACAGAUGAAACUUCAUGGACGUCAGACAGUCCUUGUCCAUCAGCAGACCGGCAUUGCUGCGAUUACAGUAACAGCUCUGGGUUACCAGGUUUCACAUCUCGCUGCAGCCAAUGUUCCCAGUCCGUAUGACCCCUUGACCCCUGUCUCUGCCACUCUGGAGCUCCUGUUAGUUGAAGAUGUGAAAGUUUCUCCAGACGCAGUGACGAUAUACAACCAUCCGGAUGUGCGGGCGAGUCUAGCCCUGCGAGAGGGUUCGGGACACUUUUUUGUCAAUACCAGUGUUAAUGGUAUUGUGGAUGUGGUCUUCCAAGAAACCCAAGGAGCAGCUCAGGUCUCUCCCGAUCACCCAGGAGUGGUGAAGGUGAUGGUUCACGACCUAUGUCUGGCUUUUCCAGCACCUGCCGAAGCCACAGUACACGUUUCUGACAUCCUGGAGGUUUAUGUGAGAGUGGUUGACAAGGUGGAGAUUAGUAAAUCUGUGAGAGCAUAUGUCAGAGUCUUGGACGAUAACAAGAAGCCCUUCCCGGCCAGCUAUUUUCGUUUCAUGAAUCUAAAACUCAAGGCGGCUUCUGCGAUAGUUUCCUUAGCGCCAUUAGCAGAGUCUGCAGAGAACGAUACAGCCGUCUUCCUGGUAAAAGGUGUUUCUAUUGGUCAGACCACUCUGUCGGCUGUUGUCAUGGAUAAAAAUGGGAAAAAGAUAUCAUCCCCGCCUCAGCAAAUUGAGGUAUUCCCACCAUUCAAACUCCUCCCAAGGAAAAUCACUCUGCUAAUUGGAGCAAUGAUGCAGAUCACAUCUGAGGGAGGCCCUCAGCCUCAGUCCAAUAUCCUCUUCUCAAUUUCCAAUGAAGAGAUGGCUUCUGUUAACGGCAUGGGCCAUGUCAGAGGAGUUGCCAUUGGUAACGUCACCGUGACUGGACUGGUCCAAGCUGUUGAUGCCGAAAGUGGGAAGCUGGUUGUCGUGUCUCAGGAUCAAGUGGAAGUUGAGGUUGUGCAUCUGACAGGCAUUCGCAUCAGAGCACCCAUCACAAGAAUGAAGACAGGAGCACAGAUGCCUGUAUAUGUGAUGGGUCUGACCAAUAGUCUAACACCCUUCUCCUUUGGCAAUGCUUUGCCUGGGCUGACAUUCCACUGGUCCACCACCAAGAGAGACAUCCUGGAUGUGGAGUCGAGACACAUUGAGGCUAACGUGGAGCUCCAGUCAGAACACAACUUUGGCAUGAGGGUGACUGGAAGAACUAGAGGGAGGACAGGGCUGAAGGUGGUGCUCAGAGUUACUGACCAAGCGGCUGGGCAGCUGUUUGGGAAGCUUCAGGAGCUCAAAUAUGAAAUCCAGAUCCAGGUCUAUGAUAAGCUGCACAUGCUUAACCCUGAAGUCGAGGCUGGGGAGUAUCUAAUGGCUCCGAACUCUAACCUUGUGCUCCAAACAAACAGGGAUGGUGUGGGUGCAAUCUCUUAUCGAAUGCUGAACUCCCCCGACCACCUUGUUACAGCUCAAGUGGAUGAUCAGGGCCUUCUCUCCUCUGGCUCUCUGACUGGUAUCUCCUCUCUGAUGGUCACAUCACAGGAGACCUUUGGCGUCAAUCAAACUCUCAUCCUUGCUGUGAAGGUGGUGCCUGUGUCCUACGUGCGCUUCAGUACCAGUCCAGUGCUCUACACGCAAACGGGAGAGAGCCUGAAAGCCUUCCCUCUGGGCGUAAUACUCACUUUCAUUGUCCAUUUUCAUGCCAGCACUGGAGAGGCCCUGCACAGCUCCAGCUCUCACCUCACGUUUUCCACAAACAGAGAUGACCUGGUGCAGGUUGGGGCUGGGCCCAGUAACCACACACUGACAGUGCGGACGGUCAGCGUCGGCUUCACCCUCCUCGCAGUGUGGGACAGUGAAAACAUGGGAGUCGCAGACUACGUUCCACUUGCUGUCGAGCAUGCUAUUUAUCCACAGGAGGCCCAGAGCCUGGUGGUGGGAGAUGUAGUUUGCUUUGUCGCCCAGUUAACCAGCCCAGAUGGUGCUCAAGGUACUUGGAGCUCCUCAGCUAAUGGUGUUCUUCAGGUGGAUCCGAGAAGUGGUGCAGCCGUAGCCAGAGACUCUGGGACAGUCACCGUGUACUAUGAAAUACCUGGUGUUUUGAAAACCUACAGAGAGAUAAUAGUGGAGGCAGCAACGAGAACGUCCGCCACGGCACAGCCUGCAUCCAUCAGGAACGGCAAGGAGACAAAGGUCUUACUCAACACCAGAGAAAGUGGAACCAACCUCAUCGGAACCUGUUCCCCUGCCCAGACCGAAGCUAUUCCUCAACUGCAGCCAGAAACUUUAGUCAGCUGCCAUCUCAGCUUCACCAGCGACGCCAUACACUUCCCUGCUAACGAUGUCUUCGACACACACAUCAGCUUUGACCCCAACAUUGGCCUGUAUGCAUGUUCCGUGACCUUGCAGCCAAUGUCUGACCAGCAGACCCGUGUGCUCAGCAUGUCCAGGACGAACCUGCUGGUGAAGGCAGGGCUAGAGGGCAGUGCUUUCUCUGGGGAACAAGUCAGUGCCAAACUGCCCAUGGAGCCGGGCCUCUACUCAGACCAGACUGAGCUGCUGCUCUCAAACCUUCAUCCAUCAGCUGAGCUCACAGUCUACGGCCCCACUGCAACCCUUUCCAGCAUGGAGGUGGUGUCUACUUCUCCCAACAUUGCUGUCCAAGAGAUGGAGGUGCAUCAAGAGUUUCCCAGUUUCUCCAAGUUCACCGUCGGUGCCGUGGACCCUCAGGCAGCAGUGUCUGCCUCCAUCUCCAUAAGCAGCGCUUCCUCAGGCCAGAGUCUCCUGAUCCCAGUCACUUUGAUUCACGUGUCGGAUCCCAGCGCUGUGAUGCAAGCUGCUGCUCCAGUUGUUAGCUUGGAGGGGGGGGACCACACCCUGCACAGCUUCAUAAACUGCUACCAGAUGAUCUUCUUCACCCUGUUUGCUCUGAUGGCUGGUACUGCCAUCAUCAUCAUCGUGCUCCACACAGUGUUCUCACCAAAGGAGCAAACUUAUAACCCCGCUUUCAUCCAGAGGACGCCACCACCCAACUCAGGUUUCAGCACUCCACUAGGAAAUUCCUUCAACCACACGUUACACAGGACUGACCCGAACAGCAGCCCCAGGUCGCGGCUCUAUUCUCCAGACUACAAGUCGUGAUGAAGCUCUCCGUCUGUUCUCUAUUCUUCACAAGUACAACACCACAGGCUGUUAAUGCAUAUUAAAUGUGCCUCUGUCACUCCGGAUGAAUGCUGUGGGACAUGACCGCGAAAUCUUAACUCCAUCGUCUAGGCACAGAUUCUUUAAAAAAAAAAGUAUUGUUGAGAAUAGAAAAUCCGUGAAGAGCUUCACGAUGAUAAUAGGGCUAUUUUCGUUGUGUGUACAUUUUGUGUCCUCUAUACAUUUGUAUUUUGUGGCUUGCCAUGGAAAAAGGUUUUAUACAAGACCACUCUGUUCUACAUAUCUUUUGAGGAAUGUUUCAAAAACAAAUCACUAGAUUGCGCUGAAAAAAAUUGCUUUUUUUGUUUGUGUUUGAAAUUAACUUGUGUGCUUCUUAACACAUUUGAUGUUAAAUUAAAUAACUCAGGAUGCCCAACAGUCUCAUGUGACAGAAAGCAAACAACUUGAAGAUCGUGUUGUUGUUUUUUUGUUAUUCUUUUGAACAGAAACCCUCCUUAAUUUUGUUGUUAUUCAACAUUAUGUGAAAAUACCACUGAACUCAUCGUUCUCUUCUGUGAUGAACCCUUCAAAUGUGCAGAAUCCUUACUUGGAAACAGUUGGUUCAUAUCUGUUUUUUUCGGGCAUUUUCUCGUGGAAUCUAACUUCCCGAUUAUUAUAGCUGAGUUUGUGAGCCACUGUACAUGCAGCUCCCAUCUUAUUCAUUAAUGUGAAACGGUUAAAAAAUGUGAGCUAUUCAGUUUUUUAUAUCCCAGUGUUGCUUCAUUUGCAAAAGCAGUCACAAUGUGGCCUGGUUUCUGGUUCUUUCUGUUUGCACUUAAACCUGCCCACAUUUCCAGAGAGUUCACUGUAGCGCUGUUGUUUCUGGUACAUACGAGUGUGACUUUGUUUUAAACGAGACCGUUCUGUAUUUGAAGAGACUUGUUGAUAAUGAAUAUUUAUUUUUUUCUGUUGAAAUUCAGUUUUACUGAGAAGAAUGUGUGCUUGUGUGAUUAUAAUUUGUUUUCAGUGUUGUUUUUGUGUUUAUAAUAGAGCCUUACAAUCAUAUCACAAGAUGCAGACACAAGUGUGUUUGCUUCUGUGUGUGUAUAUAUACUCUUGCCUUUUGCUAAUUAAAGUUUUUACUUUUA